AUGGCAGCCGACGCGGAUGCUGUACGGGCCGCCAGGAUUGCCAAGAGGAAGGCCAGAGAGGCCAAAAAAUCAUCUAUCCCUGCCAUGCGUUAUACGUCCCCUGCUUCCCGUGACACGCCCGAUCCCAUGGCUACUCUACAGUUCAAGUCAGUCAAAAUCACAUCAAUCAAAGAGUGCUUACACUGGCCACUGCAAGUGUUUGGUAUCGUUGCUGCACGUGAUAUCCUGGAUAACAAGCGCAACAUUAUUUUCCACCGUCCGAGAAAUAGCUGCCAGACCAUCACUGAAGAGGAUCCAUAUCUUGCAUUGACCGGCCCCAGUCGAGCUAUUGCGGUGUCAAUAGACCCUUCCUACAUUGAGGUUUCCCUGAAAGUCAAGGGCACUACAAAAGCUGAGGAUAAAGAUCUGAGUGAUCUUGUUGUGACUUACAGAAGUGGGUAUUGCCUAACUGGUGUUUACCCUAGCAGGCUCAGCACGCUGAAAUUUGAAUUCAGCCAUGUUAGUAUCACUGUGGAGGCCACAAUCUGUAUAAAACUCACUGGUGGGUCAUGGCCAAUUGGUUUCCAAAGUGUAUUCACUGCUGGCACCUCUACUGAUGAUGUCCUCGUCAAAUUACUUGAUUCCGGACAUGACGGGUUGCCUGUCGAUGCCAAUGGUGUGACCAAGCUCUCGCGUCGCGUGGUUUCUGUUGGACUUGAGAAGUUUCUAAAGGUUUAUCUCAUGGCAAUUUCGAUUAAUGAGAAACAAGUUGUUGAGAGUAGCGAGGCAACUUUUAAGCCUGAGAGGGCUGGUAUUAGCCUAAUCAAUCUUAGUCUUGGCUUCUGUAGUAUGGAAGUUGCCGUUGCUUGGUCAUGUUUCUGUGAUGAGUGA